GCGGCUCAUCAUGGAUAGGGCGCUGGUGUUCGUUUACGGGACGCUGAAGCGGGACUUCCCCAACUACGGCCUCAUCGAGGAUCUCAUCCGGAGCGGCGACGCCUCCUUUGUCGCCGCCGCCCGCACCGCCGCCCGCCUCCCCCUCGUCGUCGGCCCCUGGGGCGUCCCCCUUCCUCCUCCCCCAUCCCCCGGAUCCGGCCAACGCGUAUCCGGCGAGAUCUUCGCCGUCUCCGCUCGUGGCCUCACCCGCAUCGACGACCUCGAGGGCACCCGCCGCGGCCACUACGAACGCCUCCCGGUCGCCGUCAUCCCCAGCUCCGGCGGCGGGGACGAGGAUGACGUGGCGGAGGCGGUCGAGGCGGAGGCGUACUACGCGCACCGGAGCUACGCGGCGGAGAUGUGGAGGCGGAGCGGGGAGAAGGGGCUCCGGGUGUAUUCGGAGGAGGAUGCGCUGGGAUACGUUAGGCCUAAGGACCGCCUGCGGGACACCACAUUCCUCGACCAGAUUCAUAUCUUUCUCGCCUCCGGUGAGGAUUAAUUUGUACCCAAAAAAUCAGUAAGGAGUAAUUUGGUUGCAGAAAUUUAAGUCGGUAAAUAUACUUUUAUUUUUAUUUUUUCUCCAAAA